UGGUGUACACCGAGGGUGUCAGUCACUGAGGGGGAAGCGGCUGAACCGGCGGGAUGGAGAGGGGGCUCUUGCUGCUGCUCCUGCUGGGAGCGAUGGGCUGGGAGCACGGAGUGCGAGCCGAGUGCGGUCCGUGCGCGCUGAGCUCCUGCCCGCCUGUCCAGUGCCAAGUGCCCGAGCUCCAGGCCAAGGACGAGUGCGGUUGCUGUGAGCGGUGCCUGGGGGUGCAGGGGGAGCUGUGCGGGGGAGCGGGGCUGCAGCACGGCCGCUGUGCCCCGGGCUAUGUGUGCCUGACCUCGGCGGACGGUCAGCGGGCCGACAAGGAGGACGAGGAAGGCACCGGCUCCUGCAUCUGCAAACACGACUACCCGGUGUGCGGCUCGGACGGGAGCACCUACCCCACCAUCUGCGCCCUGCACCUGGCCAGCUGGCAAUCGGUGCACCGGCUCCAGGGCAAAAUCCACAAGACCCACGAUGGAGAGUGCAAAUAUGCUCCUAUCAUUGUACUCACACCAAUCUCGGUCCAGAAUGUGACUGGUGCUCAAGUCUACCUAUCCUGUGAAGUGAAAGCUGUUCCAACUCCCAUUAUCACUUGGAGGAAGGUUACUGAGUCUCCCAAAGGAGUCAAGCUCUUGGAGGAGUUACCUGGCGACCGAGUGAAUGUUGCGGUUCAGGUUCGUGGUGGACCUUCCAAACAUGAAAGCACAGGAUGGGUUUUGAUUAAUCCACUGACGAAGGAAGAUGAAGGUGUCUAUCAGUGUCAUGCCAGCAAUAUCCUUGGAGAGGCUCAGACAGAAGGUACAAUCAAGGUCACGGAGAAAGCCUCUCGAGCUAAAGGUAAGAAGAGGAAUGGUGUCCAAAAGGAAGAAAGCUAAGCCCUGACUCCAAAUGUGAUCACCAUCAACUUCACAUGGAUAAAUCCAUUCAGUGCUUUUUAGGGAUUAGGUAAAGGUGUGAUAUAACUAACGAUAUUGCAAAUGAAGUAUUUUGUACCUUUUUUUGACUUUUGUACAUUUUAUAAGGUAACGUUGGUAGGCAUAGCAUAAAAGUUGCAACUUUCAAAAUCUCCAGGGGCUUGAGAAUCAAAAUCAUUUAGUUUUGAACAGAAAGGGGUGAGAUUGUGAGUAUUUGAAUCUCACAGCAGCAAUGAAAUGUGGAGACUGCGUGUAAAAUGGUAGCACCAUAACAAGAGUAAUUAGCUAUAGUAAAUUAUUUUAUGCUACAUUAACCAAUUUUAACCUUUCAUCCCUGAUAAAACGUUUAACUUUUAAACCACACACUAGGCUGGUCAUCUGCAGUGCUGCCAAUAGUCUUUUUUAUAGAUUUCUUUAAAAGCUGUACUUUUAUAUUUUUAAGGAAUUUUAUCUUCUAAUGUACUGAAUUAACAAAGUGGAACCUUUACAACUGUUGAGUUCCCUGCUACAAUUUUAAUAAAAAUUACGACUUGUGAGUUAAUGGGUGCUAUCACAGGAAGUAUCCAGCUAAGGCUAAUUCAAUAUGGAGGCUUUCAAAAAGAACUCCUGAAGCUGUAAUGUAACCAUGAUAUGCAUACCAAUUUAGUUGUCUUUGUUCUGUGUUCAUUUUGAAGUUUUAAUAAAUCCUUCUCUUCAAAA